AUGUCGGUUUCCAGCUGGGCUCUUUGGAAAUCAGGUCAUUUCCCCGAUGAGGAUUGCACUGCCCUGGAAGGUCAUCUCGAGCGCCUGGCACGGAAGACUGCCUACGGCGGGACUGUAGAGGUGUUGUUCCAUACCCCCUCAACGGAAUUCGAAGCAGGAAAGAAUGCCUCGAAUGAGAACACAAACAUUGCAAAUAUUUAUGUGCAUUGGACCUUUGAGUGCCCUUUCACACCGAUCGAUCAGGUGUGGAGCGAGCUGGUCAUGAACGCGAUGGUGGACCAUAAGAAGGGCUGGAUCGAGCCGCAUCUACCGAAGCCCUCACACGGGAUGUCUCCUUUUCGGAGGGCAAUGAGAGCCAACGGUACUUCCCGUAUUGUAUCGCAAGAGCAGGAUUCUAAUGAAUGUAAAAAGAAUAAAAACUGCAAUAUUGUCGAUUUAGCAAUUCACGCUCAUUGCUCUGACAUCGACCUGGCUGUUAAUGUUUAUAUUGUUUAUAUUGCGCUCUGCGUCUCGUCCCAUCAAGAAUAUUGCAUUGCAUUAGCCGUCGUGGUCUAG